CCCGCGACAAAAUCAUCGAACCUAAACCCUAACUUUGCGAUUGUUUAACCCUUUUCCGACGAUUUGAUGGGGAGCGAUAAGCAUGUGGAAUCAAACCACCGCAAGCAUCGUCGGUCGUCUUCUUCGUCUGAUGAAGUCGUUAAAUCUGCGAAGCGGUACAAGGACCGUCAUCAUCACAAGCAUCAACACAGUCACCAUCGUCGUGAUGAAGAGUAUGUUUCUCAGGAUGAAGAGUAUGUUUCUCAGGAUCCUUACGGAGUCGGGAACGGUGGAGAACUUGAGAUGGAGGAAGGGGAGAUUUCGAACAAGAGAUUAGAGAGGGGAAGAAGCAGUGAUCAUAGAGAUAGCAGCAGAGGAGUGAGGGAUAGAGACAACGACAGAGGCGGGAGGAAUAGAGAUAAAGCCAGGAGUACUAGUAGAGAGACAGGGACGAGGGAGAAUGAAAGAGAUAGAGGAAGAAGAGAGUUGGAAAGUGAUCGGGAGAAACAUAAAACUUUUGAUGAUGGAUAUGGUGAAGUGAGGCAAAAACACUCAUCAAGACAUGAUGCAGAGGAUGAGUUAGAGAUAAGAAGCUCAAGUUCACUAAAGGAAGGCCAUGAUCCUAAUGGAGAAAGGUCCAAAGCUGAUAGACAUGGUGAAGUGAGGCAAAAACACUCAAGACAUGAUGCAGAGGAUGCCUUAGAGAUAAGAAGCUCAAGUUCUGAUCUAAAGGAGGGUCAUGAUCCUAACGGAGAAAGGUCCAAAACUGAUGGACAUGGUGAAGUGAGGCAAAAGCAAUCAAGACAUGAUGCAGAGGAUGAGUUAGAGAUAAGAAGCUCAAGUUCACUAAAGGAGGGCCAUGAUCCUAACGGAGAAAGGUCCAAAACUGAUGGACAUGAUGUUAACGUUAAAGAUCUUGUUUGGUUUUUUGAUCAAGAAGCUGAAGACUUGAAAAUAAUCGAGCAAAGCAGGAGGAAAAUACAAGAGGUAUAUGAGAAACGUAAGAAAGAGUUGGAGCAGUCCUCUAGUGUGGCAGAUGCUCUUGGAAGUGGUGGUACUCUAGGGCCUGUUGCUUCUACAGUUAAGCAAGCUAAAGCUGAGGUGGGUAUUGAUGUCGUAGAUAAUGAAGUCGCCAAGCUAUCAUCGGCAGUUUGUGAAUCACCUGCGCGGCUUGUUAUAUCAGACUCAGAUAGGACACUAGCUUCCGUAGGGCUUGGGGAAGACAGCCCAAAGAGUAACACGUUCAUUGAUGAUAUCUUUGGUGAGUCUCCAGCUGCUGGUACUCGUAAAGGUAAUGGCCUUCUUCCUUUUGUAAGGAGUGGACUCAAUGAUAAUUGGGAUGAUUCAGAAGGUUAUUACAGUUAUCAACUUGGUGAACUACUUGAUAACAGAUAUGAAAUCAUGGCUACUCAUGGAAAAGGUGUCUUCUCUACGGUGGUGCGGGCAAAAGACACAAAAGCUGAAGAAUCUGAACCUGAGGAAGUAGCUAUAAAAAUAAUCCGGAACAAUGAGACAAUGCAUAAGGCCGGCCAGGCUGAGAUACGGAUAUUGAACAAGCUAGCUGGCUCUGAUCCAGAGAAUAAGCACCACUGCGUCCGUCUUCUUUCAACUUUUAAGUAUAGGAACCACCUUUGCUUGGUGUUUGAGUCUCUUCAUUUGAAUCUCCGUGAAGUUGUGAAGAAGAUUGGUGUCAACGUUGGUCUACAACUAUCUGAUGUUAGAUUGUAUGCUGAGCAGUUAUUCAUAUCCCUUAAACAUCUCAAGAACUGUGGUGUUCUUCACUGCGAUAUAAAGCCUGACAACAUACUGGUGAACGAGGGAAGGAACAUGUUAAAGCUUUGUGACUUUGGUAGUGCAAUGUUUGCUGGUGAAAACGAACUUACACCAUAUCUUGCUAGUCGCUUCUACAGAGCUCCAGAAAUCAUUCUUGGAUUAGCCUACGACCAUCCGUUGGAUAUGUGGUCAGUUGGUUGCUGUCUGUAUGAGCUUUAUAGCGGGAAAAUUAUGUUCCCUGGCUCCACAAACAAUGAUAUGUUACGCCUUCAUAUGGAACUCAAAGGCCCUUUCCCUAAAAAGAUGCUUCGCAAGGGAGCAUUUAUCGAUCAGCACUUUGAUCAGGACCUAUGCUUCUAUGGUACAGAGGAAGAUAGUGUUAGUGGAAAGACAGUAAGGAGAAUGAUGGUAAACAUUAAACCAAAAGAUUUAGGUUCAGUAAUUAGACGUCGUUAUGAGGACGAAGAUCCCAAGGUCUUGGUUCAUUUCAGAAAUCUUCUGGACAAAAUUUUCACACUAGAUCCUCAAAAGAGACUUACAGUGUCCCAAGCAUUAGCUCACCCAUUCAUCACGGGCAAGUGAACCUCAUAAUG